AUGAGUUACAUAGCUUUAAAACUCCUUUUCAACUGAAUUUGGCUCUGCCUAUUUCCAAAUACUUCAUCAGCACAUGUGUUCUGACGUACAACAAACCAUGUGAUGAUUUAUAAUUACUAAUGUGACGUGUCAUCAAAUUGCGUAUUAAAACAACAACAAUAAUAAUAAUAGGACUGAAUGGGUGUGAGAAAUCUUUCUACAUUUUUCUAAGCAUAAAAUCUGUGAGCUAAAAAGAACGGGGGUCAUAUUUUUCAAAAGUACAGUGAUAACUUCUAGUUUGUGUACGAAUCAAAUGAAACAAAUGAAUAAAUGAUUCAAACGAAUUUUCUAGACACCACGCUAAAUGUGAGCCGAAGAUGAGUCAGGCACACAGAAUAAAACACGCAGUGUCACAGCUAAUUCAGCAGUAAUAGUAUUACUGUACAAUUAGUAGACUUAGAAAAAUUAUGUUUGCUUAUUUGUAAGACGCUGUCUGUUUUAUUUUAUAAUCUGACAAAUAAAUAAAAGUAAAUAUAAGGGAAUGAAAGUUGUGUUUUAACAUUUUUUAUUAAGAAAAUCUGGUUUGAGUUGGUUCAUCAAAGACCAUUUACCCUUUAGGGGCUGAGACUAUAGGCAGACAUCUAUCACGUGAUUAAGAACUACAGAUGUUGAUCCUCGAGUUUCUACAGUCAGUCUUCUCUGCUGAUGUUUAAGGGAACGUUGGCAUCACCAUGGAAAAGCAUGACAAUAACGAAUCCAGCAAACAACAAACAUGGGACACGUGCAGAAAAGUCCCAAGCGUUCAAGUUGAGCAGAAGCCAAAACCAGCUGCCCGGUGUUUGAAAUGGUUCACGUGUAUCAUUGUUACCAUACUUGUAUUUGCUCUUGCACUGCUUAGUAAAACAUCAUUUCUGCUUUUGAUAACUUUUGGGAACAAAAAUACCACAUUUGUAGAGCACAAUGUGACAGCGCUACUAGGCACUGGCUUUGUUUUGGUCGCACCAAAUGUUCUACUUCUGAUCAAAAGUAUGUGGAAAAUCCUGUUCAAGAGUACAGCCAUACCUCCUAAAAGGGUUUUGUUGGUACUUGGUAUAGAGUUCCUGGUAGCAUUCGGAGCUGCAGUCCUUACAAUCGUAGCCAUGCCACAUUUUGACAUUGUCAGUAAUGUGAUGAUUCUGAACAGUGUGAGUAUCCUGUCUGCCGUGUUCCAAGUGGUCGCUCAGUGCUUUAACGGAGAUAUGAAACGCUUUAUAAUAAUACCUGUGUGCUCCAUUGUCCUGAUCAUCCUGGGCUACAUCCUCUUUGCAAUCAGUUAUUUGAUAUUAGAUGUAAGUUCUCCUUAGGUAAAAAUAUCAGUCGGACUUGCUUUUGUGGGAACCAUCUUUGUUUCUCUGAACUGGUGGGAGAACUUCAGCUCACUCUUUAGGAUCAAGUUUCUAGGGGACAUUUCUCGAGACAUAGAGAAGUCCCGUAACGUGGUCGACAUCUUCUCCAGUCUGAUCAGAAUUCUGGUUACUGCGGCUGUGCUUGGAGCUUAUGUCCCUUUGUCAGGCCAGGACUGGAAGUCAUCACUGUUUUUGUUCCAAACACCCACAGUUGGUUUGCUGGUGGCUUCCCAGAUUGUGUCCUCUGCUAUGUGCCACUGGUUUGUGGUUGUGGCCUGCAAGAUGCAUUUUCUGCGCCGCAGCUUUGUUAUGCCCAUGUACCUGCUGUCAUUCGUCGUAUUGAUCGUGUUUUUGGUUCCAGUUCAAUUUAUGCCCUUGCAGUCUAAACCGAAUUCCACCUAUUGUGAGAAUAUUCAGCAGAAUUCUAAUGACAAAUGGGUGGACAUGAUGAUAAAGGACGUUGUAAGAACUGUGUGUACCAGAGACAUUGUGGUGAACAUGAGGAAAGAAGGACUGGUGUUUAUGGCCAUCUCAGCUCUGAGCUUGUGGCUUGGACUCAUUCUAAGUACAAUUUAUGUCUGGUACCUGAAGAUCCAACGAAUUGAAAGGACCAAAGAUUUGUUUGUGCGGCGCAUGUAUGAAGGGGCUUUUCUGGAACAAUCCAUGUUGCUGAACACCCGUUUUGAGGUCAAAAAGAAAAACAAAGAGAAACCACUACAGGAAACCAUCAGAGUGUUUCUGUGUGGAACAAUGUGGCAUGAGAACUAUGAUGAAAUGAUGAGUAUAAUCAUCUCUAUAUUCAGGCUAGACAAAUACAAACCAAAGACUGAAAAGAAAAGCGAUGUGGAGUUUGAGUUCCACAUACAUUUUGAUGAUGCUUUUAAGGAUGUCAAUCAUGGAAGAGAGCGUCACGCAAAUGAAUAUGCUGAAACCCUUGCGGACGUAGUAAAAGAAGUUUACACCAUUUUCAGAGAUUUCGAGCCGUGUAUGUUUAAGACAAAGGAGCCCCUCCCUGAACAGAAGAUCAUAAACACUCCAUAUGGCGGUCGGCUGGAAUACACUCUCCCUAAAGGCAACGUGUUGACCAUUCACCUCAAAGACAAGAAAAAAAUCCGUCACAAAAAAAGAUGGUCUCAGAUCAUGUAUCUUUACUACAUUCUUGGCUGGAGACUUAACGGAAAAUACUACAAAAUGUUUGAGGAAGGUGCGGAAAAGAAUCUCCUAGAGAAUACUUUUAAGAAAGAGAAAGAGAACACAUACAUUCUGGCUGUGGAUGGUGAUACUGACUUUCAGCCAUCUGCAGUGAUGCUAUUGAUCGACAGACUUAAACUCUACCCAGAGGUUGGUGCUGCCUGUGGCAGGAUUCACCCAACAGGUCCAGGUCCCAUGGUGUGGUAUCAGAAGUUUGAAUACGCGGUAGGCCACUGGCUUCAAAAGUCUGCCGAGCACGUGCUUGGUUGUGUCCUGUGCAGUCCCGGAUGUUUCAGUCUUUUCAGAGGCUCCGCGCUCAUGGACGACAACGUUAUGAAGACAUACUCAACCAAAGCCAGUGAGGCCAGUCACUAUGUCCAGUAUGAUCAAGGUGAGGACCGCUGGUUGUGCACUUUACUGCUGCAGCAGGGAUGGAGGGUGGAGUACUGCGCGGCCUCUGAUGCCUACACGAACGCUCCGCAGGAUUUUAAAGAAUUCUACAAUCAGCGCAGACGCUGGGGACCUUCAACCAUGGCCAACACCAUCGACCUCUUGGGUUCAGGAAGUCUGACUUCUGAGAAAAACAGCUCCAUUUCCAAACUGUUCAUUUUGUACCAGGUUCUUAGCACAGGAGCGUCCAUCUUGGGCCCUGCUACUGUCUGUCUGAUGAUAUCUGGAAGUUUUAUGUUCAUCUUCGGGACACCUGGAAAUUGGGCUCUUCUAUUGGCUGUAGUGCCCCCUGCUGUCUACAUGAUACUGUGUUUCAAACUAAAACCUGACACACAGAUUUCUAUCGCAGCAGUCAUGAGCGUUUUCUACGCAUUUCUCAUGGCAGGAACGAUUCUCUCAAUCAUAGGUGAUUUGAUUAGGAAUAACACUUUCAUGACCCCGAGUGGCCUGUUUCUCAUUGGCAUGGUGGUGUUGUAUUUCAUCACGGCUGCUCUGCACCCUCAGGAGUUCUCACUGGUCAUCUAUGGACUUUUAUACUUCCUCUGCAUUCCUAGUGGCUAUCUGCUGUUAGCUAUUUACUCCAUGGUCAACCUGAACAUUGUCACUUGGGGUACACGUGAAAGCAGUGGGCAAACUAAGACUUCAGCUGUCAAAGCCAUCAAGAAGCAGGUCAUGCAGGCCGCAUGUUGUAAAUGUCCAUGCUUGACAUCUUAUGAAGUUAUGAAGGAGGACGCAGCAGCUGAAACCAUAACAAUGACUGAAACGCCACAAGUUGAAGUUCCUAUAGGCAUAGAAAGUUCAGAGGAGUACUCACAAGGUCCAUAUCAAAGUUGGAUUGAACGUCUGCAGGAGAAACCUUACAGUUUUCCACUGUCUGAGACUACACUCACGAUGGAAGAAACAGAGUUCUGGACAGAUCUGCAGGCUAGAUAUCUAGAGCCACUUAAAGAAAAUAAAGAACAACAGGAAAAAGUUGCGAACGAUCUGAUAGAACUUAGAAAUAAGGUGACAUUUGCAUAUUUCUUCUGCAAUGCGCUUUGGUUAGUGGCAACUUUCGUCCUUCAAGCUAUUGGUGACACAGUGUCCAUAAAGAUCCCAAAGCUUUAUCCCAAUGGGACUCAGUCCGCGACAGAAAUGUUUUCGCUUGAUCCCAUUGCGCUGAUGUUUCUACUGGGCUUUGCUACAUUGCUAAUACUGCAGUUUUUUGCAAUGAUAUACCACAGAAUCUAUACAUUGAUCCAUUUUGUGGCAUAUGUGGAUACAGACACCAAAGAUUACACGAAACGCACCAAAGCUAAUAAAAAAUUUCAGGCUUCACGCGUCUCAAGUGAGUCAAGUGAACCACAGAACCAUGAUGACCAUGAUGACCAUGAUGACCAAGAUUACCAAAAUUACCAAGAUUACCAAGCUGAAAACAUGGGGGAAUGAUUAAUGCCAUCUCACAUCGAGCCUUUAAAUGUGUUUCCUCAAGUACCUUCCCUUCUUUACAAUUACUAGAGCACAAGUUUGCACUGUGAGUUUAAAAUACAUAUGAUGUUAUUAGAAAUAUGAAGUGAAUACCCUUGCCAUGUUUUAUUUAUUUUGCUAUCGAAUGUAUUACAUUUAUUUUAUAAUAUACAUAAUUGCUUUGUUAAUAUUAUUAUGUAGUGUUCUAUUUAUUAUUCUGUUUACUCUAUAGUAGUGUUUUUUUGUAUUGCUAUGCCUUGCUUUGCUAUUUAAAUGUUUUGGCAAUGUUGAAAAUGUUAAUAAUCACGGCACAGAAUCUAUCUUUACUGUGAGGUUGAUUCCUCAUCAAGAUUGAUCUGACAGUAUGAUGUGACGCUGUUAAACCAGUAAACAAUUAAAUAAAUCCA